GUGUAUAAUACGCUACGAAAGUAGUGUGGUGUUGAAUAAGACAGUGUAAUAUGGUACAAUCUUUGGUGGAAUUUCUGAUAUUAGUUGCCGCAAAACGUGUUGGAAAACAUAACCUUACUUCCGGGUUAGCAGACGACACUCCGUCGCAAAAAGUAAACAGCUUAAUCUUUGUUUUGCCAGGUUAUCUGUGGCACGUGCGAGCUAUUCACGUCCCUGUGUUGAUAACAAGACAAUGCAGUUUUAUACUUUCAGCUUGAAUUAUUGAAGGAGAAGAUGACAGCCUUCUCCUAAGUGCAGAGUCCAUCCCUUCCCAGUGUUCCAGAGAACUGAUGAGGAGGGACCUGGUAACCAUGGCAACAGAUGACCAGUGGUUUUCUGCAAGACAGGUAGCGGAGGGAGUACAUCUUGUACGUGAGAGGUUCUACCAUUCUGGUAACCAGGCCAACAUCUGGGUGGUGCAGGGUACAGAACAGGACGUUGUCGUGGAUACGGGACUGGGUAUACAGAACCUGCGGGGGUUUCUGGAAGAACAGGAACUGAUCGGGAACAAACCAACCCUUGCAGUGGCCACACAUGUCCACUUUGAUCAUUCAGGAGGCCUGUAUCAGUUUCCAGAAGUUGCCAUCCAUAAGAAUGAAGUUGAAGCAUUGGAGAAUGGCAACAACUAUGAGACUGUCACAUUUGUGUCGGACUCUGAGAUUGUCCCACCUCCAACCAGAAAAUGGAAAGCAAGUAACUACAGAGUCAGAGCUACAAAGGUAACCCGAGUACUGGAGGAAGGUGAUGUUAUCAACCUGGGAGACAGGAGGCUACAGGUGUUACAUGUACCUGGGCACUCACGUGGAUCUAUUGUCCUCCAUGACCAGGUGAACAGACAACUGUUCAGUGGAGACACUGUAUACAUGGGUUCCCUGAUAGACUGGCUACCCUACUCCUGUGUGUCAGACUAUGUCCAGUCAUGCAGAAGACUACAGACCCUGGCUCCUGACAUUGACACAGUCUUCCCUGGUCACUUUGAGACAUUCAGUGGACAACUUCUAGAAAAUAUGCUGACUGACUACAUUAAUUCUGCAGGUGUUUUUCACAGAGCCACAGCAGGAGUGAUUGGUGUCCUGUCCGGAGUUGUGUUGAGAGGAAGGAACACCAACAAUAUUCCAGCCAAGUGCUGUUUCUAUGGCUGUUGUUGUCACUGCUGUGUGUAGCCUAUAGGCCAAGCAUCACAAUCAAGUUGUGCAAUGCAGGCAGGGCUUCAUGGUUCUUUACCUUCAAGUU